AUGCACCCCCAAAUCUCUCCAGUCCUGAGCCCCAUCUCUGUUGCAGCCCCCCCAAAUCUCUCCAGUCCUGAGCCCCAUCUCUGUGCUGCAGGUCCCUUUGGGGAGUCGGACUGUGGCACCCAGACUUAUAUCCGCUGGCUGAGGGGGUACUGUCAGGCCUUCUUCUUUGGGCUCCCCGUCCAGAUCCAGGGGCCCGUCCCAGUAUGCACCGGCUGCUCAUUUCGCAUCAACGAAUAUUCCCAGAAUCUCCAAAUCCACUCAGGGGACCUCCUUCGCUACCUGAAGAGGGUGAAGCCGGCAGACGCCCUGUGUAUUGUGGGUGCUACAAUGAUAGACUUGUACCCGAGGGACUCCUGGAACUUUGUGUUUGGGACGGCGUCUCUGACAGAAGGGCUGGGGAUCUUCAGUUUCGCUAGAUACGAUGAGAACUUCUACAGCCCUGACUACAGGGGGCGCCUAACGAGUAAGCAGCCGCCGCCCCCCCGGGAUUAUUCAGUGUUUGAUGGUUAUUAUACCCCCCCAAUAACCAGCACCCUGCAAGGCAGCAUUGUGGGGGCUGCCGUGUAUCAUCAUGAAAUAAUGGCGACGAGGAAGGCGAUUCAUGUUGCAAAAAUUGCAUCCGGUCUAACCCUGACGCACGAGAUUGGGCACAUGUUUGGCCUGCGUCACUGCCAAUGGCUGCAGUGUGUGAUGCAAGGAUCCAAUCACCUGGAGGAGUCAGACCGGAGACCCGCCCACCUGUGCGCCGUUUGUCUCCGCAAGCUGCAGAGCGUCCUGCAAUUCAAUAUGGCGGAACGAUACAAGGCCUUGCUGCGCUGGGUUGAAGCGGGAGAAGAUGACACAGAACUCGGCGGCGCCAGCGGCCAGACCCAAUCGGAUCUCCCCAGACCCGCGGAGGCGUUUCAGGAUCACAGGAAGUGGUUACAGAAGUGCCCGAGGAUUCUGGGAGAGUGAAUGAGCGCCCCAAUAGCCGAGCCCCCCCUCUGGCACAGUAACCACCCACUGGGCACCCCGGGCAUCAGUUUACCCAGCAGCCCCGGCACCGGAAUACUCUCAUCUAGUUCUGAGCCUGACCCGAGAGCGAGCAGCUGAACCAACAGAACAACAGAGACUCCCCCCCCCCCCCGCUGUCAUUCCGCGGGUGGGAGACCCCCAGGAACAGGUGUGUUUGGAAAGCGACAGGUGGCGCAGACCCACGGCGGUGUCUUUAAACACCAUCCUGCAGGGGGUGAUGGGAGUUGUAGUCCAGCAGCAUCAGAGGGAUCCCAGCUGGACUCUCCCAGGAUUUUCACACUCUCAGCACAGAAAGAGAUCAGGAAAAUUACCCCGAGUGGGCUGUUUAGGCGUCUCCAGGCGCCGCAGUGUUUUCAAUACGGUUGCUAGGGACUAACUCUGCGGAUUCAGGCCUUAAUGCAAGGUAGAAUGUUAAUCCCCUAAGCAAAUCUCAGAGGCGAAUUUGUUUUGUCUGCUGGGUUCUUCCGUAUUGCCGGGCUCCUGCGCUCUAUAGGCCAGCUGGGUUUUAACCCUUUCCAUUCCGCGGUCAGGACUUGCAUCUACGGCGACCAUAGAAUCUCCAGCAGAGGCUUCAGCGAGAAAGAUGAAUAAAAAGUUACAAACUGAAGGCUGACGGGGCAGUUAUUUCGCUGACGCCGGGGUCGCUGACCCCCUUUUGAAAGAUGGAAAGCGGCAAAGUUGUUAAAGGGGUUAUUCACCUGUAAAAUAACUUUUAAUACGAUGUAGAAAUUUGCAAUUGGUCUUCAUUUUUCAUUAUGUUUUUUGAGUUAUUUACCUUUUUAUUCAGCAGCUUUGCAGUUUUAGCAAUCUGGUUUCUAGGGUCCAAAUUACCCUAGCGACCAUGCACUGGUUUUGAAUGAGAGACUGGAAUAGGAACAGGAGGGGGGCCUGGAAAGACAAAGUAACAAUAACAAGAAGUUUGUAGGUGUUUUUAUACAUGGGGUCGGUGACCCCCUAUUUGGAAGCUGGAAAGAGUCAGAAGAAGAUGGAAAAUAAAUCAAAAACUAGAUAAAAGA